CACAGAGCAGGAGGCAGAACAGCAGAACAGUGCGUCGAGCAGAGAGAUGGAGGCAGAGCUGCUCCCAUAAACCAGAGAGGAGGAGGAGGAGGACGCGUCAGAUGAAGAAGAAGGAGCUGCAUGAUGAGUGAUCCUGGGGAGUGAACAUCCUCUCAGCAGAGCCACACACACACACACACACACACCAGCGCCAUGGAGCCAGUCCUGCAUUGAGCCUCUCCUCGGUGGGUUGGCAUGGCCCAGUGAUGAACGGAGCGGUGGUGCCCGGUAGCCCGGAGCUCUCCUCCUCGUGCCCACUGCCUGACUGGCGAGAGUUCUGUGAGCUCCAUGCCCGAGCCUCUGCUGCAGACUUCGCUGACAAGUUCCAGCGCUUCCUGGCAGAGAACCCGUGCUACAACUCGCCCGGCGCAGACGCCAGCUUCUCACAGCACUUUGCCCAACACUUCCUGGAGUGCUUCUCUGCUGCUGUGACCCAGGCCCGGGAGAACCAGGCGUCAUCGCCAGGGGAGGACGGCUCCAACUCGGCACCCAAGUACAGCAUAGUUCCUUUCCUGGGAAUCCAGGGCUGCCCACUGUCCUACGGUCACGACCUCUACCAGAGACGUAAGGACACUGGGGCUUCAAGUGAAUCCCUGGACAGUAUGGACAGCGGAGGGGGAGGGAUAGAUGGGGGAGGCAGUGGCCCCACUCGAGGCCCCCAGCCGUCCCACAAGGUGUCUGCUCUGGGACAGUCUCGCAGCUCAGAGGAUGUUUCGGUUAGUCACCCAAAGGCUCGCUUCAAGAAGGGCUUCUCCCUGAGGAACAUGAGCCUGUGUGUGGUGGAUGGGGUGAAGGAGAUGUGGCACAGACGGGCCUCCCCAGAACCUGACGCUCCCUCUGGAGCCAGGAAGGCUAAUGGGGGUGUUGGAGGAGGAGGAGGAGGUGGGGAGGCUGCAGGGGGAGAGAGGUGGUCCCAGAAACUGCGGCUGCCCAGGGGUUCCCAGGGCCACAAGGCCGAGCUGCUGGAAAUCCAGAGGGAGGGGGUGCUGAGGUAUAUGGUGGCUGAUGACACAAACUGUAUGGGCGCCGCACAGUGGCAGAAGUGUCGCCUCCUGCUGAGGAAGACGAAGAGGGAGGAAGGAGGGGAGAAGUUCCUGCUGGAGUUCUACGUACCACCAAAGGUACACAAACACACAGACAUGGAGGAAGAGCUGGGCUGA